CUAUUGGAUCUGGUAAAUCAACUGUAGCAAGAUUAUUUAAAAAAUAUUUACAAAAAAAAAGAUAUGUUAUUUAUCUUCCUGAAGAAAUAUCACUCCAAUUGAAAGAUGAAUUAGAAAUAUUUUAUCAAGAUACUGUUAAUAAUGCUCUUUUUUUUCAAAAAGUUAUUCUCGAUACGUAUCAAAAACAAAGUGAGAAUCUAAAUAGGAUUUCACGAUUAUAUGAUUUUGUUCUCUUAGAACAAACAUCUAAAGAUACACAA